AGAGCCCAGAGCUGAGGGUCGUCACGGGCUCACGGGACAGAGCCCCGAGUCCCCAAUUGCUCCAGUUUCCUGCUCCCCGGCGCUGACGCCGCCGGCUCUCCGCUCACUCAGGUGGUCUCUUCAGCGUUCCAUCGGAUCGCUGCAGUCUCCCCGCCGGUCGUUUCCCUAUCUCCAUCGACGGCCAGCCCUCCCUGUCCGGCGGCUCGUGGACUUUUGGCUCUGAUUUCCGGUGGAUCCUCCUCGUCGGCGCCUCCACCCGAGGAUGCCGUUGUACUGAUUCAGAGUUCCAAUGGACAACCUUGAGAACACGUCAGAGGACAAAGGCUUAAAUUUUCUGUGCAAUCUAUCUGACGUAGAGGUCGUACAUAGCAUGACACAGCUCUUACUUCAUGCAUUGGCCACAGCUUCAGUGGACAGCACCACUGGUGAUAUGUUCAAGAGCCCAGCAUCUGUAGCUAUUGGCAUGAAGACCGAACUAUCAGGGUACAUGAGUCAGAGAUCUGAAACACUUGUUCGCCAAUCUAUGGAUGGAGGCGAGGAUCAUUCAGAUCAAUUAACAAAAGCAUCCUCCAGGCCGACGGAGUUCCUGUCAGACUUGAUCGAUGAGUUUGUGACCUCAAAAAGGGGCAUGCUGAGCCAUGUCUCUGGGCUUUUUUCUAGCGAAAGCCGCCUGAACAAAAUUAAAGACUUCAUGCAAAAGUUAGAGACGGAUAACUCGUGGGCCCAGGAUGAAAGGAAGGCGACUGCAUGGGCUAUUCUGGAGAACAUAGACAGUAAAGGCAUUUUCCAUUGCCCCGAGAGAUUUGACAUGCCAGAUAAGCUAGCUGAGCACACAAGUCAAUGCAAAUUUAGGAUACUGAACUGCACAAAUGAUGGAUGUGUAGCUUCUUUCUGUGCUAUUCAUACCGAAAAGCAUGACGCUGUCUGCCCAUUCAAGCUCCUACCAUGCGAGCAGCUGUGUGAACAACAUGUUAUGCGGUCUGAGAUGGACAAACAUUGUGGAACAGUUUGCCCUAUGAAGCUUACCAACUGCCCGUUUUUUAGAAUUGGCUGUGAAACAGCCUUUCCACAGUGUUCUCUUGAUAACCAUUGUUCGCGGUUUCUACAAACCCAUUUGAUGUAUGUCGUCAAGGUGAUUACAAGACAGGGUGAUUGUGUUAAUGAUAUGGAUCAACGGCUGCAACUCCUUGAGAAGGUGCAAUCAUUGAACGAACUCGCUGGGGCUUUAGAUGUCAAGGCCCUCACUCUGAUUACAAAGGAACAAGAAUCAAAGAUAAAUAAACUCGAACGGGAUCUCAAAGCCCAAGAAACAAGGAUGAAGAAACUUGAGAAUGAUCUUAGGUCACGGAAAUAAUGAUUGCUGUCAUGUGCUCAUCAUUGCAGCCUUACUGGAAACCAGGUGGCAUACAUUGUAGUAUAUGUAAAUAAUCGGUAGCAUUACCAUAAGGUUUACCAUCCUGUUGUCCGUUGUCCAUGUACAAAUAUAGGUUGUAGAAAAGUCAGCUUUUUUUCAGAUCAGUUGAUAAUUUGAUGCAAGUUAUGUUUUGUCACUUCUAUAAUAGAGCAAGUACAUGGAUUUUACAGGGAUGCGGUGGAUUAGGAUCAUCUGCCAUUUCCUUUUUGUUGGUUUCUACCCAGGUUGGGCUAUUCACAGUAAUAUGCUACUUUGCAGGAGUAUCUUUUUUCCUUCUCAACAGUCAACACUUUGUCGGAAGCAUUUUGUGUGCAAGGGUGGACCUUUGUAGGUCGUUUUAACAGCAAGUUUUCAUGGAGGACAUGUUGCAACAGUAUCAUCAUUGGCUUGGCUCUUCGACGAAGCUUUCAGUUCGUUAUGCUGAAGAUGUCACCACAAUAUCUUCCCUAUUUGGCCCAUUUGACUCAGCUUUGACGAUCAACUUGGAGUCAUUUUAUCAUCUUCUUGUCAUAUUCCUAAUCAGUGAUGUCUAAGAACCAAGAGAUGUGAAUUAUCAGUACUCCAUCUUGCCAGCAUGGAGACCUUAAAAUGAACAAGAUGGUUUCUUUUGUCGUUUGAGAAAGAAGCAUGCUGCAAUUCAGUUACCGCAGUGUCUGGAGGACACAAAGGACUGUGGCAUAGUGACCUGAAAGUUACUUCGCGAACAUUUCCACCGUACUCAUCUGAGACAUGCCACUUACUCAGCUGGAGAAAUUUAGAACAUUUGACUGUUACGUCGUCUAAUGCUAGCAGCAACCAACUUGGUAAAAAAAAUUGAGACCAUGAAAAGGAUAUGCCAAUAGCGCAAUUGACAAAAUACACCUUUAAAUCUGUAUCUUUUCGUGUAUUUCGGUACUGCUGGAAAAACAUUGCAUCGUCACCUAGUAUCACAGUGAAAAAAUUCUCAGGUGUACCAGGGAAGGUAUUCUGAAAAAUCAUACCAUGUUGAAAAUUAGGGAAACGAAAAGUAAAUAUGCAUAUUCAAAAAUAGAAAAUUAACUGGGAUGCUCACACUGGUUAUGUCUACAAGAACAUGUUCAUUGAUGAAAGGUUGAAAUGUGAUAGUCAGUCCAAUUCUUCUGUCUUCUGUCUUUAUGUUGUCUGUUCUGCUGCUAAUAACAUUCAUACUCUCUCCUUUAAGAAGCAAAUGUGAACUCACCUGCUUGUACAAGUACAGGUUGUCAGGUGGUUUCCCCAGAAGCAAAUGAAAAGACCAAACAAGAUUACUUUCUGAAUACCUGCUUUUCGGCUUCCAAUGUUGCUCGGUAACUCUGCAGCGCCGUCUCUAGAGCUCGAAAUGUACGGUUUCUGUUCCAGAAGGAUGUGAACUUGUACCUUACGCUUCCUGAACCAUUAAGGCAAGGAUGAUCAAUAGAAAAAUCUAUAAAUAGUUUUGCAACAUGGAAGAUGAAAACAACAACAGCAGAUCUAUAUUUCUAGGACUCAUUUUGCUGUUGGUGCCUUCGAUAGUAAAGAUUUACCAGGAGUAUCAAAUUGGAAAUGGUCUAGUCCAAGCUCUCUGAAGUUAAAAUUUCAGAAAUCAGACAUAUAAUCCAUAAUAACACCUGGUUUUCCAAUUAGGCAUGUGACUGAAAUCUUCUAAAUUUUCAGAAAGCGUACACAUCGAAUCCAUGAUAGAAUCUAGUUUUACAACUAGGGGUGUGAUUUAUUUAACUUUGUAAAAAGAUUCCAUCGAAAAAUAAUUCAUAAUCUUGGUUCCAAGGAGGAUGCCCAAGAUUACGCCAACAGAAAAUAGUUUACCAUUUUGGCAGCACAAUGGAGAUACCCCAUGACCACCUGCGCCAGUAUGAAGAAAUAUAGUAAUAGCUGGGUUUAUAAGGGAGUGCUGGCUCCUCCUUAUCUGUGGGGUGAAAUCAUGCAUGUGUUAACCAUCUCAACCAUUUAAAAUCAAAUAUUAAGGUCAUAAUAAGAGCUUCAUAGGUUGCAUACCUCAUAUAUGUCUUGUAACGGAAUGAUCACCUAAAAAUAAUUGGAUAAUAAGAAAAUUAUAUAAGGAUGAAUUUGUGAACAGAGAAAAGAAUCUGAACUUGCUUGUCAAUAUAUCCGUACUGUACCGAUUUUCUGCAGCAAUGGCCUGAUUAGUGUGUGUUAGUUAGCAAGAUUUAUAUAAUUGAGUGACAAUUUAUUACCUCAUGGAUUUUCAGACGUGGCUGAUAUUAUUUACCUUGCUCAUAAGUUAAAACCAUGCAAAGAUCAGUUUGGGGUUUGCACUUUUAGAACAUGUACUUACAUUUAAUUGCUUGGAGAAUACGUGUGACUGGAAGCACAGAUGCCAUGAGGAGAUGCACAUACGCCCAUAGCGCAAGAAAGACCUCUCCAGAGCACAAGAAUAACUGUGGUGAACAAUCUGAAAGUAGAAAAGGCAAUCAUUCGGUUCAGUUGAGUAUGCAAUACGUUUUUUUUAGAUAGCUUACCAGGCUUGCUGCCUGGUGAGUAUGAAAUACUGUAUGUGCAAUUAUCAUUUGCCGAGAAUUAGUACUUCAUCAUGAGGGAAUUCGAUUGUAGCGUGCAGAGGACUACUGUCUUCAGUCAUUGCCAACCGUUGCCUAGCGAGUAUAAUCUUUCUCUGGGACUUGGCUCCAGUAUACUGCUUAAAGAAGCUGGAAACAUUUGGUGAAAUAAGAAGGAUGUUUGCCUACCUUCACAAAUAAUGCUGUUCAUAUUUCUCAAAUCAACGUUACCUGUCAGAAGUCGACGACACUUUCUUUGAGCUAAUACGCAAGCAGAUCUGCAACCCGAUACUUGUGUUGUGAGCGGGAUUGUACAUGCGGUGGCUACUGUGAUGAAGCACUGAGAUGAGGAAGGCUGGUUAUUAUUCAUAAAUGCAUAUCCUACCUGACCAGAUCUGCUGUCCAGGUCGUACCAAACGGCUCCUGUUUCAUCUUCGGCGAGGAUAGCUACAGUUACAGAUCCGAUGACUUUGCGUUUGCAUACAUUGUCCCAGUCAUAAACUGUUAUGAUUACCUAUCCAGAAAGUAAAAAAUACAUCACACUUUUGAGCAAGCGCGUGUCUCUGGCAUCAAAUGCGUGCCUCGGCAUAUUUUCUCGAUUUUUUUAUUUUUUUGCUGAAAACGUCUCAGUUCCAGCUUCUGUUUACGAAACAUGCUGAGCAGAUAAAUCUAGCUAGCCAGGUUUCAUUUACAACUUGGUUCCCAUAAAGUUCAUAUGAUGUUUGUGCCAGGUUCCAGGUAGGUAACACCUUUGCUUUUGAAUCAUUGACAGGAGCAGUGCGUCGGUUGUUGCUUCAGAGAAGCUGGCUAUGAUGCUGCACCUGCAUGCAAGCAUAUGCACGCACUGCACUCUCCCAUAACUACUUUUGACAACCUGCAGCCCAUUGUUCAGUUCACUAUUCAAAGCCUGAAUCGAGGAUCGAUGGCGUCAGGUGCACUCUAAUUUACCCUAUAUUAUUUGGACCACUGUCUUCGUGGGAAAGUAAGUGCCUUUCAAAAAAAUUAUGAUGCUACUACUUUCUGCCACGGUUCCGAAAGAUCGUCGGCAAGCCGGCUCGGCACUACUAUAUGUAUGCCGUGCUCUCUGAAGAUUCUCAGAGAGAAUGAAAUAAAACUAACAGCAGCACUGCAUGGCGCAAAAGCAUUGCUUUGUACUACUAACACUGUAGGUUGGCAUACACCCUGUGCUUUUCUUUGCGGAGCAUUUGUCUAAUCUCUACUC